AUGGAGAACCACUCUGUAACAAAAGUUUAUUCGACUCAUUCGACAAGAAGUCAAGCUUUGAAGAGGACUCAAGCCUCAUCUUCAUCUCCAGCCAUCCUAGCAAGAGGCAAAAGAAAGCAAGGAGAUGAAGCGAGUUCCUCACCCACCACUAUAAAAAAAAUCAAGACAGAGAAAAACGAAACCUCUCCUUUUGCCCCUAAGGAAGACCAAAAGGCUCGGCAAGAAGAUCCGUAUGAACAAGAAUGGGAACAAGAGUGGGAAAGACUUGGCGACUUGGAUCCAUACGAGGUUGAGAGGGCAUUCGCAUCAUUAGAGAAAUAA